AUGGAUCGUUUUGAGCACAAGAGCAUCAGUACUAAGCCGUACGACCUGACAUAUAGCUACUACUUAUCGCCAGACUUCCACAAGCGAACAUCAGUGCCGACUCUAGUGUUUUGCCAUGGCUACCCUGACGAUGCAUACAUGUGGGCUGGAGCGGUGAAACAUCUGGUUGACCUACCAUAUCGAAUCGUCCUAGUCGACAUUCUUGGCUUCGGAGGCUCAUCAAAACCCAAGGAAGCUUCAAAGUACCGCUACAAGCAACAAGCCGACUCUAUUGCUCAGAUCCUCGAUAACGAAGGUGUGAAGGAGGGUGUCAUCCCAAUUGGUCACGACUGGGGCUCUGCGACUGUCCAGCGCCUCUACUUGUACCACCGUGAUCGCUGCAUAGGUCUUGGACUGAUCUCACUUGCCUACCAAAUACCGUCUGACCAGCCAUUCGAUCUUGUUACGGCCAACAAGGAGACUGCUAAACGUUUCGGCUACCCACAAUGGGAGUACUGGAAUUUCUUCAAUGCGAAAGACGCAACCGAUCUCAUGGACAAGCACAUUCAGCGAUUCCUCGAAGUCAACAAUGGCAACUUUCCUUCGCCUAAACCUGAGGAAAACGGUCGAGAUAUCUGGAUGCGAGAGAUGUUCUGCGUGCCCAAUGCUAUGAGGGAGUAUGUCACCGGAACGGGAAAGUACGAAGGAUUCACAGUCGACCUAAAACCAUAUGCUAAGACGCCAGAGUUCCAAAAGUCGUUCAAAGACCGACUGAGUCGAGACGGCUUCGAGGGCCCGGUCAACUACUAUCACUCGCUGACAGAUAACCACAAUCUGGAGGAUGAGAAACAGCAUCUUUCUACCAGGGAGGCGAAGACGAUUAGCGUGCCGGUGUUGUAUAUUGGUCAAACUGGCGACUGGGUGUGCCGAACCGAUUUGAUGGGCGACGCGAAAGAAGCUGGACUUGUGUCGGAUGUGGAGGAGAAGGUCAUCCAAGCUGGUCACUGGUGUCUUUACGAGAAGCCGGAGGAGAUCGCGGGCCUAAUCAAGGACUGGCUGCAACGCCGCUUUCCUGUCAAGUCAUGA